UUGCGAGCCCUUCAAUGGGCACGAGCGUAAUUGCGAUGCCUCGAGCGUCCACAGUCUACGACUCUAUGAGCAUUGGGAGCAGCAACGGCAUCCUAUACCAACGGCGGUGGCUCCAAGCUGCACGAUGUUCGAGUGGAAGCCGCGUGCCCCCUUCGCCGCCACCGCCGAAGCUGCGAAAGCGAACGACGCCUUCAUUACAUGGCCACAUGAAUCCCCGGUCCAGUAGCUUUACCAUGCCCAAGGGCCAAUACAUCGCACCAGAGAAGAUCGAAAACGUGCUCCACACGAGCUGGUUCGUGGCGCAGGCCAUUGUGUUUGGCGACGACACCCACGAGGCUCUCGUGGCCAUGAUCGUACCUGAAGACUACGCGUUGAUGGCGUUGGCCAAGCAGCUGGCCAUUCCCAGCGCCACGUCAUUGACCGAGCUUUGCGCGCACCCUGUCAUUGUCAGUCACGUGCUCCAAGACAUCGCUGUGGUGAGCAAAGAAGGCAAACUAUGCAGCUUCGAGACAGUCCGAGCCAUCACAUUGCUCCCCACGCACUUCACCUCCGAGUCUGGGUUACUUCAACGCAAUCGAAAGGUCGAUCGCAAUGUGGCCAAAGCUCUGUUUCAAGCACACGUCGACAGUAUGUUUACCACCGCGGACGACCAUGUAUGCAAGCGUCGGUAUACGCAAACAGCGUAAACAAUUCUAUUUAUGACCACAUACAGUACGUACUCCA